CCUCGCCGCCGCCGCCCGGCCUCCCUGCGCGCGCUCCACCAUGGACAGUCCUGUUUUCACCUCAUAAAGAUGGCGGUGCGGGAUCGCUGCAACCUUUAGACUAAUGACUGUCCGAAACAUCGCCUCCAUCUGUAAUAUGGGCACCAAUGCCUCUGCUCUGGAAAAAGACAUUGGUCCAGAGCAGUUUCCAAUCAAUGAACACUACUUUGGAUUGGUCAAUUUUGGAAACACAUGCUACUGUAACUCCGUGCUUCAGGCAUUGUAUUUCUGCCGGCCAUUCCGGGAGAAUGUGCUGGCAUACAAGGCCCAGCAAAAAAAGAAGGAAAACCUGCUGACAUGCCUGGCAGACCUCUUCCACAGCAUUGCCACACAGAAGAAGAAGGUUGGCGUCAUCCCACCAAAGAAGUUCAUUUCAAGGCUGAGAAAAGAGAACGUGGGAGGGAUAAAGAGGAUGUUGAAGUUUUGGGAACCUUGGGGAAAGUUGAAAAUAGUCAUUGUGGAGCGGAGAAUGAAUUUGCUAGAGGAAUGUUGGAAUGGCACCAAUGCCUCUGCUCUGGAAAAAGACAUUGGUCCAGAGCAGUUUCCAAUCAAUGAACACUACUUUGGAUUGGUCAAUUUUGGAAACACAUGCUACUGUAACUCCGUGCUUCAGGCAUUGUAUUUCUGCCGGCCAUUCCGGGAGAAUGUGCUGGCAUACAAGGCCCAGCAAAAAAAGAAGGAAAACCUGCUGACAUGCCUGGCAGACCUCUUCCACAGCAUUGCCACACAGAAGAAGAAGGUUGGCGUCAUCCCACCAAAGAAGUUCAUUUCAAGGCUGAGAAAAGAGAACGCUGCUUCCCGGCUGGUCCAGGGUUUAAUAUGA